AGCUGCCCCGCUCACGGCCCCCGCGCCGCCCUCACUGAGCUGGGCGGGCAGCGCUGCAGGCGUAACCACUUGGGGCUUCUGACCCGGGAGCCAGGCGCUGGGUUGAGUGCGGGGCCGACGCCUCCUCUGCUGGGUGGGGAACCCGCCCGCCGGCGAGGAGCGGUCGCGGCCAGCGGCUUCCGCCGACUGGGAGGCCCGCGGCCCGGCCGGAGGGACUUGGAACCUGGAGGCGACCAGGCGCGACCCCCUAAAGGACUACAGGUGCGGCUUUUCUGGCCAUCGCCCUGUUCCCGCGGGCGACUCCACUCGGCACGCGCGGCGGGGAGGCUCGGCGGCCGGACGCAAAGCUGCGGGCUCGUGGGACGGCCACCCCUCCACGAAACCGCCAGUGGGCGGGCCCAGGCCGCCGAUCGACCGCCCUGGCUUCCGGUUCCGAUGACAGUGGCGCCGGAAGCCGGGGCCGGGGCUGCGGGGCGAGUUAUCGGCCCCGGGCCGGGAGCUGGAGUCCCAGACUCAGGUCCCGGCCCAGCCCCCGAAGAGCCGCCUCAGCCGGGGGAGUAGCUCGGACUCAAACGUCCCGUCCUUGUGCGACCGCGCUGGGUCGGAGGUGAGCAGGCUGGAGUGCAAUGAUGUGGUCUUGGCUCCCUGCAACCUCCACCUCCUGGUUCAAGCGAUUGUCCUGCCUCAGCCACCUGAGUAGCUGGGAUUACAAGCGCGCGCCACCACACCUGGGCUGAGGCCACCAUGGAGCAGUGUGCGUGCGUGGAGAGAGAACUGGACAAGGUCCUGCAGAAGUUCCUGACCUACGGGCAGCACUGCGAGCAGAGCCUGGAGGAGCUGCUGCACUACGUGGGCCAGCUGCGGGCUGAGCUGGCCAGUGCAGCCCUCCAGGGGACCCCUCUCUCAGCCACCCUCUCUCUGGUGAUGUCACAAUGCUGCCGGAAGAUCAAAGAUACGGUGCAGAAACUGGCUUCGGACCAUAAGGACAUUCACAGCAGUGUAUCCCGAGUGGGCAAAGCCAUUGACAGGGUGAGCACAUGGCUGGCUCCAGGCCUGGGCUGGGAGUACCCUGAAGCUGGGAUGUACAAGGACUCGAAGGAGAGCCAGCAAGAGUGCCCACAUCACCAGGCCCUGUCUCUCCUCCUUUGUCAGAACUUCGACUCUGAGAUCUGUGGUGUUGUGUCAGAUGCGGUGUGGGACGCGCGGGAACAGCAGCAGCAGAUCCUGCAGAUGGCCAUCGUGGAACACCUGUACCAGCAGGGCAUGCUCAGCGUGGCCGAGGAGCUGUGCCAGGAAUCAACGCUGAACGUGGACUUGGAUUUCAAGCAGCCUUUCCUAGAGUUGAAUCGAAUCCUAGAAGCCCUGCACGAACAAGACCUCAGUCCUGCGCUGGAAUGGGCCGUCUCCCACAGGCAGCGCCUGCUGGAACUCAACAGCUCCCUGGAGUUCAAGCUGCACCGACUGCACUUCAUCCGCCUCCUGGCAGGAGGCCCGGAGAAGCAGCUGGAGGCCCUCAGCUAUGCUCGGCACUUCCAGCCCUUUGCCCAGCUGCACCAGCGGGAGAUCCAGGUGAUGAUGGGCAGUCUGGUGUACCUGCGGCUGGGCUUGGAGAAGUCACCCUACUGCCACCUGCUGGACAACAGCCACUGGGCAGAGAUCUGUGAGACCUUUACCCGGGACGCCUGUUCCCUGCUGGGGCUUUCUGUGGAGUCCCCCCUUAGCGUCAGCUUUGCCUCUGGCUGUGUGGCACUGCCCGUGUUGAUGAACAUCAAGGCUGUGAUUGAGCAAAGGCAGUGCACUGGGGUCUGGAGUCACAAGGACGAGUUACCGAUUGAGAUUGAACUAGGCAUGAAGUGCUGGUACCACUCCGUGUUCGCUUGCCCCAUCCUCCGCCAGCAGACGUCAGAUUCCAACCCUCCCAUCAAGCUCAUCUGUGGCCAUGUUAUCUCCCGAGAUGCACUCAAUAAGCUCAUUAAUGGAGGAAAGCUGAAGUGUCCCUACUGUCCCAUGGAGCAGAACCCGGCAGAUGGGAAACGCAUCAUAUUCUGAUUCCUACCUGGAAGGAAUGUUGUUGAAAGGGCUUUUCACCUGGGAGCCUUGGUCUGUCUCAGGAGGGUGGUUAGCGCCAGUGGACUGUGGCUGGUUUCAGAGCACCUGGCUGAGGAGUUCCGCUGAGGGGAGGGCUGGAGCAGCCCUUUGGCAGAGACUGAGGAGGGAGAUGGACCAGCCCACACCUGGCAGCUGGCUCCAUGGCAUAAGGAAAGGGAGAUGCUGGCCUCUGUGCUCCUGCCGUCUCUCCCUGUUUUUAUUUGCCCUUGACUUGGUAGCGGCCGGCAGAGUGGCAAGGCACUUGGUCUUCAGCAGUAGACCUCCUUCUACCCCUGCCCUCAGCCGAGUCUCUUGCUGCCAUGCCAAUGCUAUGUCCGCCCUUGCCCCUCGGCCCAAGGGUGUCCAGCGGUGGCCCACCUCUUCCUCCCACUGUACAGCCUCAACAGUAUGUACCAUCUCCCACUGUAAAUAGUCCCAGUUAGAAUGGAACGCCGUGGUUUUAUAACUUUGAACAAA